AUGAGGACGCUCACCGGACUGCUGGUGCUGCUGGCAGCAGCUUCACACGCUGUGGCGAAACCGAAAAACCGUUUCACUCGCUAUCCAUCAUGGAACACUAAGAUGUACCCAAUCUGGAAAGAUACAGACCCACGGUACAGAGACGCCUGGAAAGGUGGACGAGUGAGCUUCAAUGUCGCCAAUGAUUCUCCGACUCUGACCGGAGCCAAAGUGACCUUCAGCAUCGACCUGGAGUUCCCUCACAACCAGAGGGUGCAGCCUGACGGAGACGUCGUCUGGGCUGAGGACUGCACGGUCAAUGGAACUAAACACCACGAGUCCGAGCCGGUGUACCCGACGCAGAGCACGGACUGGGAGGCUGUUUUUCCUGACGGGUCGCCCGUUGAGAAGGACAAGAAGCCGGCCUACGUGUUUGUCUGGAAGACCUGGGGUCAGUACUGGCAGGUGGCAGACGGCCCCUCCUCCUCUCUGACCAUCGGUACAGACGACAUCCCACUGGGCUCCUACACCAUGGACAUCGUUAUCUACCACUACCGGAGCAAGGAGAGGUUCAUUCCUCUGGGAUACGCCUCCACUCAGUUCUCCAUCACUGAUCAAAUCCCUUUCGCCGUCUCCCUGGACCAAGUCAACGACGCUGUGGCCGCGGACCUGCGCUUCAUCCAGAACAGGGCGAUCGCCUUCACCGUCACCCUCCACGACCCCAGCGAGUACCUCAGCAGUGCGGACAUCACCUUCAACUGGGACUUCGGGGAUGAAAGUGGAGCCCUCAUAUCCAGAGAGCUCACCGUCACCCACACCUACAUCAGCUCCGGCUCCUUCAAGCCUCAGGUGGUGAUCCAGGCGGUCAUCCCAGACAAGGCCUGCGAUCCGCCAGUAGAUAUCUCGACCAAGGCCCCUGGUCCACACACUGAACUGGGAACCACAGCGAGAGCUCCUGCUCUGCCGUCUGCUCUCCCUCCACUGGUUUCCACCAAGGCCACCGGUCUGAAUGUCAACAUGGCGCCUUCAGACACAGAGGAGGACAACACCGAGGACGAGGCCUCCACUGCGUCCGUCGCCCAGCCCGUCCAGGAAACACAGGCAGUGACAAAGACCCCCUCCCCCGUCAACCACUCUGGUGGAAGGUCUGGCCUCGCAGCAGGUGAGAAGCGGACGCUGACAGGCCGAGCUGCAGUGGUGGUCGUUGCUAAGAGAGAAGCUGACGACAAACCCUCCAACGACGACUGUGUGAUUUAUCGCUACGGCUCCUUCUGCACCGGCAUCGAAGUGUUUGAGGGCAUUGAAACAGUAGAGAUAACACAAGUGAACAACGCUGUGAUGGCAACACCAGAAACGGAGAAAAAGGCUUUGGACAUCACCGUCACCUGCCAGGGAAGCCUUCCUAAAGAGGUGUGCAGUGUGAUUCUGGACGCAGAGUGUCUGAAGCCGAUCCACUCGGUGUGCAACACGGUGGAGCCUUCCAACCAGUGUCAGCUGGUGCUGCGGCACUUCUUCAAUGGCUCCGGUGUCUACUGCAUCAACGUGUCCAUGACCAAUGACGUCAGUUUAGCCGUCACCAGUGCCAGGUUCAACGUUGAGAUGGGUCCUGGUGUUUCCUCCUCUGGUGCAGUUGCCAUGUUGCUGGGUGUGCUGGUUCUGGUUCUGGCAGCAGGAAUAGUGGCGUAUUCCUACAAGCGCUUCAAGUCCUACCGGCCUCUGAGGGAAGACUCGCUCACGUCCGGAGGCCAGCAGCCCGACGCGACUCAGAGCUGCUCCGGAGCCUCCAUCUUCUGGAGCCUCCUGAACAGACGAGGAGCCGUCGACAACUGCCCCCUGCUGCAGGACAGGCCGGUGUGAACCAUCACCCGCCUCACACAACCACACAGCAACACCAAGCAGCAGCUGAUUUACAGGUUACAGAUAUCUGGAAUGUCUUUUUUUUAUACUUUUUUUAAAAACAUGUUUUCUAAAAUGAAACACUUCACAAGCGUGUGACUUUUAGCUUUGAAUCAUAAAUGAACUGGAGUUGUA